CCUCUCUUGUCAAAGUCGAAUUGACGAAAAGAAACGAUGAAUACGCCUGUCUGAGCGAAGCAGAAGCGAAGUAGCAGGGAGUCAUCUUGACGCCUAGCUUAGUAGCCUCCCUGCCCAGUUAGCAGCUCCUCUCCGUCUUGUGUCGCUCUCUUCCUAUCUCUGUCAACGGCUCAGUAGUUUAGCAGUACGGAGAGACGAGGGCUGCUCCCUUUCUGCUCAGUUAGCCCAGCACACCGACACCAUACAUUCCGCCACCAUGGCUGCCACAGAUGUUGACGUGUUUUCGAAUGAAGAGAAGCGUAGCCUUAACUUGGGCGGACAUGUUGGAUUUGACAGCCUCCCUGACCAGUUGGUCAGUAAAUCGGUCACACAGGGAUUUUGCUUUAACAUCCUGUGUGUAGGGGAGACUGGCAUCGGCAAAUCAACGCUAAUGAACACGCUGUUUAAUACCAUGUUCGAGAACGAAGAGGCGAGCCAUUACCAGAAUGGCGUGUAUCUGCGGCCGCGAACAUACGACCUGCUAGAAAGCAACGUCCACCUCAAACUGACGAUUGUUGACACCGUCGGCUUCGGUGAUCAGAUCAACAAAGAGGACAG